GAUUGAGCUUCCAAAAAAGCCCUUCAUGCCUCCACGUGAGGUACAUCUUCAAGUUACACAUUCUAUGCCACCCCAGAAGAUUGAGAUUUUUAAGUCAUUAGAGGACUGGGCAGAAAAUAAUAUAUUGGUGCAUCUCAAGCCUGUUGAGAAGUGUUGGCAGCCCCAGGAUUUUCUGCCUGAUCCAUCAUCAGAAGGAUUUCAUGAAGAGAUUAAGGAACUGAGAGAACGCUCCAAGGAGAUCCCUGAUGAUUAUUAUGUUUGCCUGGUUGGAGAUAUGAUUACUGAAGAAGCUCUUCCUACAUAUCAAACAAUGCUUAACACACUUGAUGGAGUUCGAGAUGAGACAGGGGCAAGCCUUACUUCUUGGGCUAUCUGGACAAGGGCUUGGACUGCUGAGGAGAACAGACAUGGAGACCUUCUCAACAAGUAUCUAUACCUUUCUGGUAGAGUGGACAUGAGGCAAAUUGAGAAAACAAUCCAAUAUCUGAUAGGUUCCGGAAUGGAUCCUAGGACAGAGAACAGCCCAUACCUUGGUUUUAUAUACACCUCGUUUCAAGAGCGGGCGACCUUCAUUUCCCAUGGGAAUACUGCCAGGCAUGCCAAGGAACAUGGGGACCUAAAGUUGGCUCAGAUAUGUGGUAUAAUUGCCUCAGAUGAGAAACGCCAUGAGACAGCAUAUACAAAGAUAGUGGAGAAACUGUUUGAGAUUGACCCAGAUGGUACUGUUCUUGCCUUUGCUGACAUGAUGAAGAAGAAGAUCUCGAUGCCUGCCCAUCUGAUGUACGAUGGUCAGGAUGAUAACCUCUUCGAGCACUUCUCAGCAGUGGCCCAGCGUUUGGGUGUGUACACGGCCAAGGACUAUGCUGACAUACUUGAGUUCCUCGUUGAUAGGUGGAAAGUGGGGGAGCUAACUGGCCUCUCUGGGGAAGGUAAGAGGGCCCAGGACUUUGUCUGCACUCUUGCUCCCAGGAUCAGGAGGCUUGAAGAAAGAGCUCAGGGAAGGGCCAAGCAAGCACCACGCUUACCUUUCAGUUGGAUCUAUGGCCGGGAAGUACAACUCUGAGCAUAAUGAAUGAUAGUUUUGAUUAAAAUGGCAGUUCUUCUGGGUUGGCAAAAAUUUUACAUCUGCAUGUCUGUCUGCUAUUUAUAGGGUUUUGAAAGAAAAAAGCUUAAGAUCCAUGUUUAUUUUGUUAAUGGGUGAGUCAGGAUGGGGGAGGCUGUAAAACUAUCGUCGAUGUCAUCUUAUGAGCAGGUGAGGGCUGCUGUUGAAGUGGUGUCUGGUGUUAUAAACCUUCCCGUUUUAAUGUCUUCUUUCAUUUUAUGUGCUCCUAUGUAGCAAAAUGGCCUGAUAUACGUAUCUGGAACUUAGUUCUUGUUAUCUUUUUGAAAUGUUUUUAUGCUUGCUUUGGAA